UUUCGGUUACGGAGAAAGUAUUUUCCAUUUGUCGCCAUUGCAAAUCUCACGCGAGAUGUCAGUGUGUGCGUUUCAAUGUGUGUGAGGGCAGUAAUAUAAAACAUUGAAUAACUGUAAAAACCGAUUAAAAAGCAAUUAACAAGCAGCAGAAAAAAAAAAAAACCGGAACUAUUUUCAAUGUGCAAUAACUGAAUUUGUAACAAUUGUCAAACAUCGUUUGAACAAAAUAUCUAUUAAAAAAAAAAAAUACAAAAGAAAAAACAAAUCAAGGCAAAAUGAAAACGCGUUUGGUUUCGCUAACAUAUCGCGGCAGUGCGUCUGUCGAUCCUCGUUACUCGGCAUCUAUGUUACCAUGGACCAUCAAUGACAUACGUUCAACGGAGAGCUACACAAAGCUAUCGGUUGGCAUUGAGCAUGGCAAAUUGGAAUCGUAUAAUUCGGACUUUGAGCUGCAAUUUAGCCAUCCACUGAAGCAUAUCGUUGGCAUGUGCCGCAUUAUCCACAAGCCGCAAGCCAAGAGCAUUGGCAAUGGCUUUCUUCAGUUAAAAUCAAAUGCUGGUCAGGCAACAGGCAAUUCAGCCUCAUCAUCUUCAUCCUCCACUCUGGCAACAGGCAGUGGCGGCAGCAGCAGCAGCAGCAGCACUUUAACCGCAAACGGACUGCGUCACACACUAACCACAUCCACAUCGUAUGGCUCACUUUCGUCCAGUGCUGCGGCUGCUUAUCAACAGCAGCAGGCUGCAGCAGCUGCAGCGGCAGCAGCAGCCGCAAAUCCUGAUGGCAAUAGCACUGCGGAACAGCCACAGAACUUUAUGGAAUUUCAAGGACCCAUCACCGGAUUGGUUUAUUUGUUGAAAGAUCCAAAGGAUCCAUUGCUACACAUCUAUCUUUUUGAGUGUGAGACCAUUGAGGAGAUGGCCGAGCUAAUGCAUCAGAUGCGUGAUCCUGCGCAUACGCUCGGCGGUUCUGUGGGUAGCAUACCGCAGACCCUAAUUGGUGGCGCCGGUGGUGGAGGAGGAGCUGGUGGUGGUGGCCAUAACGCCUCCAAUGGCGGCCUCAAUGGAAUUCAUGCCACACCAGCCACAAAUCUAAAGAUGAGCGAGGCCAUGCGCAAUGCCCAGCACGAUCCUAGUCCAAAUCCAGUUAGCUCUAAGAUGAAAGCAUCCAAAUCGUAUACACACGGCUUGAGCAACUCUUCUGGGACGGUGAACAUUCCCACGUCCAAUUCGGCACAGAGUAAUCUCUCGCUGUUGGCCGAUAUUUCCCCAAAUCACACGCACUUCUUUGAGGUCAUGUAUGUGGGCAAGAUUCGCGUGUCCCAGAAACGCGUACCCAAUACCUUUAUCGAUGAUGCUUUGCCCAAAUUCAAAGCAUAUGAUGCCCAAAGGCUGCGACUUUUGCAGAACCGCAAAAUGUCGCUGAGCAGCGAAGGAGGUGUGGGCAUUGAGGCCAAGAAUGGAAGCAUAUUUAGGAGUCACGAGCUUAAAGAGGAGGAUGAGGAACAGGAGCAGCAAACGCAACAAAACCCACUGGAAGAAUCUCAAGCAAAGCCACAGGUUGAACUACAGCUGACAGGCGCCGAAGACGGAGCAUCUCCACGUCCUCUUGAGGAGAACAAGGAGAAUAAAUCGCCAGAGAAACGAACUCUGCUUCGCGGGCAAAGCCAAAUUGAGUUGGGCCACAAGGAACUCGGCGGCGCCGGUUCUGAGGAUAGCCAACAGGAAGUGCCGAAUGUCAUUGUAAACAAACAGCCAACGCCCCCAAGGGAACAGGGCGUGGCUGCGGCAUCAUCAUCGACUAACCCUAGUCAGCUGCAUCCCAAUUAUGCGCUCGAUAAUAUACCCAAGCAAAGGGAUCGUUCUGCCUCGCAGGGAUGCAUUCCGCCUUAUGCAGAACAGAAUCGCACUAUGGUCUUUUUGGUGGGUCGCUCCGAUCUCCGACUGAUCUCGCCGGAUCGCAAGCAAGUGCUGCUGUACAAGGACUUUAAGGAUGUGGCUAGCUGUGUGCAUGGCCAGAAAUCAUUGGAUCAUUUUGGUAUCAUUUGCCGUGAGCUUAACAAUGAGGGUUACAUUGGCUACGUAUUCAAAUGCCAAUCGGAGAAUGUGUGUGACGACAUUGUGGCAGCCAUUGCCCAGGCUUUCGAUACAUGCGCCGAGCAAAAGAAGAAGCAGGAAACACAGAUCUUUAGCUGCGAGCAUUGCCCCAUGCUCUGGUAUCACAAGCUUUGCAACGAUGUUGAGGGUUUGUCGGAGAAGAAAACUCAGGCCAUGAUCUUGCGUCGCAUUGAGACGCUCUCGGACGAAGAGCAGGACAUUGUGUGGGCCAAGUUUUGUGGAUCCGAGAAGACCAACUCGCCAGUGGCCGAGCAGAAUCAAUUCCUCAUGAUGCUGUUGCGUGCCCAUUGUGAGUCGCGUCAGCAGCGUCAUGUCCAUGACACGGCCGAGAAUCGUUCGGAGUUCCUCAACCAGUAUCUGGGCGGUAGCACCAUUUUUAUGAAGGCAAAACGUUCGCUCACCAAUUCGUUUGAUAAUCUCCUGAAACGAAAGCCAUCUAAAGAUGACAUUGCUGUGCCGCCGCAUAAUCUGCGUGAAAUACGAGAGGGAUCGGCGGAGCCUUUGGGUACUGCGUCACCGCCAGAGGGUUUCCGUUCCCGGUCAAACACGGUGGGAGCCAGUCCGAAUAACAAGCCCACAGCCGAGCAGCUAAAGAGUCCCAUGAUGGAUAUCUUCAUAAAGGUGGGCAAUAGUCCAAAGGAGGCCGAGACACAUCAGGGAUCCUGGCGUCAGGCCAUACUUAACAGUGUGGUAACACCAUCCAAAGGACUAGACAGCGAGGCACCCACUGAGUUUCUAUCACCAAUGCGUAAACCCGCCAAAAGGGGGAAACGUGAUGCGGCCGAGUUGAGAGAACUAUGGCGAACCGCCAUUCGUCAGACGAUCAUGCUGAAUCGCAUGGAAACGGAAAAUGCCAUGCUACAGGCUCGUCAGAAUGAGAAUGAAUUGAAACGCAUCAAACUGGACUACGAGGAGAUUGUUCCAUGCGACAAACAGCUAAUCGAACGAUGGGAGCAAAUCAUUGAACGCAAUUCCAUGCAAAUUGGCAAUAAGAAAGAUCCCAAAGUCUUGGCACAUGCCAUACGUACAGGGGUUCCGCGGUCUAAGCGUGGCGAUGUUUGGACCUUCCUGGCCGAGCAGCAUUCCAUGAACACGGCUCCGGUGGACACAAAACGUUUCCCCAACUUCAAUACGCCGUAUCACACGCUGCUAAAGCAUCUCACAGAACAUCAGCAUGCUAUAUUUAUAGAUCUGGGCAGAACAUUUCCCAAUCAUCAGUUUUAUAAAGAUCCAUUGGGUCUGGGUCAGUUGUCGCUAUUCAAUCUGUUAAAGGCCUACUCCAUACUUGAUCCAGAGCUGGGCUACUGUCAGGGUCUGGGAUUCAUCUGUGGUGUACUGCUGUUGCAUUGUGAUGAAGCCAAUGCCUUCCAAUUGCUUAAACAUCUGAUGUUCCGUCGCAACAUGCGGACUAAAUAUCUGCCAGAUAUGAAAAAGUUCCAAUUGCAGUUGUAUCAGCUCUCUCGUCUGGUUAAGGAUCAUUUGCCGGAUCUAUAUGUGUGGCUGGAUCAAAACGACGUGUCCCCCACUUUGUAUGCAGCUCCUUGGAUUCUUACUGUCUUCAGUUCUCAAUUCCCGUUGGGUUUUGUGGCCCGUGUUUUCGAUUUGCUUUUCCUCGAGUCCUCCGAUGUGAUCUUUAAGUUUGCCAUUGCUCUGCUGUCCGUGCACAAGCAACAGUUGUUGGCGAAGGAUAACUUUGAGGAGAUUAUGGAUUACCUGAAAACGGUGGUCCCCAAAAUGGAGGCAGGCUGCAUGGAGCAAAUCAUGAAGCUAGUCUUUACAAUGGACAUUGGCAAGCAGUUGGCUGAAUACAAUGUGGAGUAUAAUGUCCUGCAGGAGGAGAUUACUACCACCAAUCAUCACCUGGAAAUGCUGAAUAGAGAAAAGGCACAAAAUCAACACUUGGAACAGCAGUUGCAGUUUGCUCAAUCGUCGAUUGCUCAGUUGGAGACCACUCGGUCAUCUCAGCAAACACAAAUCUCAUCGUUGCAAUCGCAAGUACAAUCGCUGGAGCUGACUAUUCAAACUCUUGGCCGCUACAUUGGACAACUGGUAGAACAUAAUCCGGAUCUGGAAUUGCCUAGUGAAGUGAGACGCAUGCUACAGCAGCUGGAUGACCUAGAACGACAACGGCGAAAGCCCAUCUUUACCGAACGCAAGAUUGGCAAAUCAAUUUCAGUCAAUAGUCACUUGGGGUUUCCACUCAAGGUGCUCGAAGAGCUGACCGAAAGAGACGAACAUGGUUCGCCACAAAAAACGAAGAAGGAGAAGACACCUUUUUUUGAACAACUGCGCCAGCAGCAGCAACAACGUAUCAAUAACCUCAAUGGCCAUGCGACUGCAACAACAACAGCAACAACAAUUCUUAUGCCAGAGUCAACGGUGCCAUCGGUCUCACCUACUCCGUCAGCUCCAUCACGGCCCAAUCGUUUGCUAGACAAUGCCAGUGCUCGCACCGUAAUGCAAACCAAACUUGAUGAACUAAAGCUGCCCGAACAUGUCGACAAAUAUGUGGCUAAUAUCAAGAGCCCGCUGGAAGUGGACUCAGGUGUGGGCACACCCCUCAGUCCGCCCAGCACGGCUAGCAAUAGCAGUGGCGGAAGUAUAUUCAGUCGCAUGGGCUAUAAAACAACACCACCAGCUCUGUCACCGUUGGCUGUGCGCCAAGCCUAUGGCAGCAGUUCUAUAGCCAUCACCACGGCUCCAUCUGCAGCACCUCUCGAGCAAGUGCCGCCCACUAUGACAACAGCCACAAUGGCCCAUGGCCAGGAUGAGCAAGCCAUGCACCCGCUUAGUAUGGUGGGAGGCGAUGUCAAUGUCAGUUUCAAGGGCACAACACAGCUAAAGUCCUUAUCGAUACGUCCCGUGCAUCAGAUGCGAGCUAUAUCCCUGGGAGCUGUCUCCCAGAAUAGCACAGAGUCAAGUGUGGUUGUUGCACCUGUUCCUGUUGAAUUGGCACCGCCGCCGCCUGUAGCGACUGCAGCCACCGGUCGCAGCUAACGGUUCUGAUUUAUCAGUAAAUUUCUGCGUGGAUUCUAUUCCGGGCAAUCCUCUGAGCAUGCAUAAAGUUAUCGCUCGCUUAACGCCCCUAAUGCACAACUCCUCUGUUGCGGCUUAGAUACUUACUUACAACAUCAACAACUUAUAACAUACAAAAACAAAACAAAACAAACCUUUAAAACAUUUUGUUUACAAAUUGUGUCAAUGCGCGCACAAAAUGUUGCCAUAUAUCGCUCUGAAAAGUUACCCAAAUCGUUAUAAACUGAUCCUAAAUAAGAUAUAUCUAUUAUAUUUAUAUAGUCAAGUGAAAUGGAUAAAUGCUAUUGCAAUGUUUUUUAAAUUUGGCUACCAUAUAUAUAUAUAUAUAUAUAUACAUAUAUAUGUAUAUCAAAAUCAAAUGCUUAUAACCCUAGGCAGAUCCCCCUUAAAUACAAAUGAUACAACAACAAAAAUCUGACGCUUUAAUGAGUAUGAGUAGUUUGUUCUUAGUUUUCGAUUGUUUAAUGUUAAAUUAAUUUGUAAUGAAUU